AUGAUUCGCGUCUCCUCAUGCCGAUACCUGCGUAUCAGCUGCACUGAAGACGAUCACCCGCUCUUUCGACGCUAUUAUGCCAGGAGUAAUCGAGAGCGUGGCGUCAAGCUUCUGCGAUGCUUCCCGCAUUGCUGUCCAGAACAUGUGCAGCGGUGCUACUGUGGAACCUCCAUCCACGUUCUGGUGACAUUCGCUGCCGUUGUGUCAGCAGCUAGUCAAAGGAAUCUCGUGGUCUGCGCUCGCUUUGAGCCUUCAAGAGUGGUCUCUCUCUCGUCAAGUUUAGUGAACCUGGUCAAUUUUGAGAGAAUAGACGACGAGAACCAGCGCAAGCUUCAGCCAGGUGAAACUAUCUCAUUGCCGGAGAGUCUUCUGUUGGCUGAAGAGUAUAUGACGAAGGAAACGGUUUGGAUUCGAGCGGACAGAGAAGGAGACAUGAAGCAAAAGUAUCAGGACGCUGUCCUGUUUGUACUCAACAACCAUAGGUUCCCCAAGUGGCUUUACAGUUACAACAGUAGCAUUACCAGGAUGCAACGAGAGAUGACACACCAUCUGGUCGCCUAUGUCUUCCACCUUACAGGCAAUAGGUCGACGCCUAACGAGAUGGAUGCGAUUGUACUCGCGCGCCACGAGUCGCCUGGGUUUUUACUCGUUUCUUAUCGACGCUCAGGCAACACUUCUGGGUGCGAUUUGCCGGCAAUUGAUGUGACAAAUAGCAACAUGUUCGCAGCCGUCGAGAUUGUUUCACCCGGUGUAUGUCCGUCGCCAUCCGAUGAUUUGAAAAUGAAUUUAGUUGGUCGACCAGUUUCUGAAACAUCGUAUCAGAAGAUGAAUACCAUUCGAUUAGACACAAGCCAAGGACAGCUCCAAUUUUCAAGUAAUCAUCGGCGCUUGAAACAAGAGGAAAAAGGGCAGCAGAAAAUGCAGUCCGAAGCUAGAAGAAGCUCCGUCUCCUCAUUCAUCGAGACUACCAAUGAUACUUACUCAUGGCAGCGAGACACGAGAGCCAGAAAUUGUCGAUUUCAAGAAAAAGGUCAGCACCUACUCAUUUUAUGGAUCUUCAUUCAAAGUAUUUCACUGAGCGACCUUAAAAUCUCCACCGAGUCGAUUACUGAGCAUAUUUGCUCACAUUGGUUAAGAGCAGCAGCUAUUCUACGAUCGCCAUCGCCAAGCUCGAGCCGACAGCUCAAGACUGUCGUAAUCUCUUUCCUGAGUGAAAUUUUUGGACAUCAACCAGGCAUCAAUUCGACAGUGCCUUUUGCAACAGAAAGGGAUACCCUCCAAGUGCCUGCGCUUCUAUUUUUCCGGGCAAUGUCGUCACAUUCCGUACAAUGUCUUUUGCAUUCCGCAUGUUCUUUCAUCAAUGAUGAGACGAGCAAAGCAGAACUCCAAAUACGAUUUGUCCUGCUAGUAUCGGAUUUGUACGAUGCUAUGGGUGAUGUGCUGCAAGAAGUGAGUGCACAGACAGCAGGUCUAUCGCGAAGACACCAGAAGAGUCUUUCGCUACCGGCAUUGGUUGAUGAUGUGCUAUCGCUUGUGUAUGGUCAGCCGCGUUUUCAUCGACUUCGAUCUCAAGUCUCAGCGCUACUUCUCGACCAGCAACUAUAUGUGUUCGAAGCUCUGAACGGCGUGUUUCAGGUGUUCACAGCUGUGGUACGAGAGAGACUUAUCGCAUCUGCAACUUUAUACAAAACAUCAACACGGCUCCAGCAUUCUUUUCGGAGAAACCGUUUACUGGAACUGUGGAACCAUUGCUGGCUGCUAGAGCCUCGGUCGGUGAAUAUUGUCGAUGCAUCGCGGGGAGAUUGUGCUCAUGACAUGCGUCUAGUGGAUAUCGUGCAAAUUUGGUUUGAGUUCGGCUGUGUGGAUGUCACCAUCAAGGACGAUAUGUCCUCGAUAUCGUUACGAUCCGCCGUUUCGUUUUUAGAUCAUACGGCGGUUGCUCCAAUGAAGUUAGUACUGGACGGGAAGUUGCGUUUGUUCCGUGUGUUGCCUAGUGGCGUGUCAUCCAUGAUCCCAACAGCAGGGGGGUGGUCAAUCGGCGACUAUACGGCUAUAUUUUUGGCAGACGGAAACGCGUUGAAGGUGAAUUUCUUCUGUUUCGCUGAAGAAAAGGCUGGGGCGUGUGCCCAUCGUCCCGUGGACUCUCAAGACCUGGAACCGUAUAUUUAUGCGGAGGUAAUACGGCUGCGACGAGUGUGCAUUUCGAUUCGACUAGAAGAAAAUUCGAAUCACGACGGAGUCACUUCGACGAACCUGUUUGCUGUCGUGCAAGGAACCACCUACGAAUCGAUAUACUCGCCGUCUAGCCAACGGGUCGAUGGACUCAAGUUGUCAGAAAGGACAGUUCUUGAACGGGCUGUAAUGUGGGACGAAGUCGAAUGGGAACCAUUAUUGGAGUUUCAAGCGGAAUCUGUUCCUUAUAUCAUGUAG